GUCCAUUUGUGGUUCAUCCGGCUGGUCCCGGCUCCUGCAGUCAGCAUAGAAGGAAUCCGUAGUAUUCAUGGAUCUCUCUCUUUCUCUUUCUCUUUUUUUUUUCCCCUCCCGAAACCUCUUACGAAGUAUGCCUUGCAGAAGGAUUUGCGGAAGACGUAAUUAGUCAUCCCUUGGGCACACAUCAGAAAAGGAUUUAUUCCUAGCUAGAUUGUCACUAGAACGGGUCUGGAUGUGACAUCCGGGCAGCUCACCAUCUCAGCUCGAUGUAAUCUUUUCCUAGUUCCUGCAUGCUGCAAGCUCGACCGCGUCGCUAUGGCACGUUUUCUGAGGAAAAUCUCGUGAUCGAGACCCCUAACCAUGUGUUCAAGCAUAGGGGAAGUUUCUGGCAAGGGCGAUGGUUCACAUUCCUUCGUCUCUUGCGAAACAACAAGGUGGAACUACGCCUGCUCUACUCCGGUAUAUAAACGACGUCUUCAUCUUGACUAGAUGACUCGCUCGAUUACAGCAAGCACUCAGUCAUCUAUCAUCUGCCACUUCCGCAAAAAACAAUCUCUAUCAUCCUCUCUCAGCCUCUUCAAGAGUCUCCUUCACCAUGUCUGCCAACGACAACUCUUCCACUGCCGCUGCCGGCGCGCCCGCACAGGAUAUCAACUACACCGUUCGAUACCCGAACCAGAGGGCUGUCUUCCCUUACAUCGACCCCAAGAAGGCGCCUGCCGAGCUUGCCCAGGCCUUGAAGGUCCUGCCCUUUGAGCGCAACGUCCUCAAGCUCCUGGCUCACGCCGAGGGUUUCUUCCCGCCGAUCUCUCAGCUCCUCGGCACCAUCUUCCGCAUCACUCGGGAGCUUCCCACCUUGGAGUGGCAGUUGGUCGUCCUCCGUACAGCCGCUCUGAUUGGGGCCCACUAUGUUUUUGAGAUCAACACCCCUGUGGCUCUCGUUAACGGCAUGCCUAAUGCCAAGCGCCUUCUGAUCGCUUUCGGAAAGGUGGACGACACCGAGUUCUUCACCGUUCGCGACCGCAUCCUCUUGCGCUACGUGAAGGAACUCGUUGAGGACAAUACCGCCUCCGAUGGGCUCCUUGAGGAGCUCCGAGCCAACUUCACCACGCGAGAGAUCAUAGAGGUCAUCGUCAUCGUCGGUCUAUACACCAUCUUCGGCCGCGUCGCUAAUGUCAGCCGAAUCGACGAGGACCCUGAGAUUCCUGGACUCCUGGACUCCCUCACUAAGCUGACCGGCCAGAAGGACCGCGGCGAGUAGAUGCGGAUCCGCUACCGCCAUAGCACGUUUGCAACCCUGGGGUGGGGAAGGGAGGAUUGGUGAAAUUGUGCAAUCGCGGUGUGUGCGCGUCGAGAGUUGAACUUGUUAGCGGUAGAUGUAGGGUCGAGAAGAGUGAAAAUAUAAGUGAAAAGUUGUCUACCUUAAUCAGCAUCUUCCACGCAGCAUAUAAGACUCCUGCCGGUGAUAGUAAUGCGUGGCUGACACCUCCGAUCGUGAAACAAGUGGCAGUCUCUCAUUCCGAGACAUCUUGGGAAGGUAAGGGAGGGGCGAGCGGUCGGGCGGAGCGUGACGGAGACAAUGAGGAUCGCCCGGGGAUAGAGGUAGGGGGUCUGGAGGUAAGUCCGGCAGGGAAUUCUACUAGGGUUGGUUGCGCUUUGGGUACGCUUUUGGGGUUGCGCUUGGGUUGCACUGCGUCGUGCAAUUAAGCAUAAAUUUAGCGGCUGUCGUGUUACCUGCGGGUGAUUACUAUACCGAACUUCCGCUAAGUGCACGUAAAAUGCAUCCCUCCCC